AAGAGCCAACCGGAAGCGGCUCUGGGCUCCUGUCGGUUCGGUCAGCGGCGCGCCGUCGCCACUCUGACCGCGGAUCGAGCACCGUGAGGCCGCAGCGGAGCGGCUGCUGCCGGACUUCACCGGGUCGCUCGGCUUUUCUCGGAAACACUCGAGUCGGUUUGAAGAACUCGGAAAAAUCCGGUUCGGAUCCAGAAGCACGCAGCUCAUGUGAAGCCGGUUGGAUUCGUCUCRUCAUCAGGAAGUUCAACAGCAAGAGCUUGUGGCCAUGGAGGGUGACUGCCUGAGCUGCAUCAAAUAUCUCAUGUUCAUCUUCAACUUCUUCAUCUUCCUGGGCGGCUCCGUCCUGCUGGCCGUGGGCGUCUGGGUGUCGGUCGACCCGCUGGGCUUCAGGGAGGCGGUGGUGGUGAGCCCCCUGCUGGUCACCGGCGUCUCUGUGGUUCUGGUUCUGGGCGGGCUGCUGUUCCUGCUGGGCUUCCUGGGCUGCUGCGGUGCCGUCCGGGAGAACCGCUGUCUGCUGCUGCUGUUCUUCAUCCUCAUUCUCUUCAUCUUCCUGGCGGAGCUGGCGGCGGCCAUCUUGGCCUUCCUCUUUAGGGAGAACUUAACCAGAGAGUACUUCAGCCGGGAACUGAAACGCCACUACCAGGGCCAGAACAACAGCGAUGUCUUUACGUCCACCUGGAACGUCAUCAUGACCACGCUGGACUGCUGCGGCGCCAGCGGCCCUGAUGACUUCCAGCAGAGCCUGUUCCGGCUGCUCCACCCCAACCAGCUGCUUCCUGACGCCUGUUGCCAGGGCGACGGCCACCUGGGCGAGGGCGGCGUAGAGCGGUGCGUCAGCGGCGGCGUGGCGUUCCAGCACAGCAAGGGCUGCUACUCGGCCUUGGUGGAAUACUUUGAGACGUACAUCUACGCUGCAGGAGCGCUGACCAUCGGCGUGAUCACCAUCGAAGUA